CCGCCCGCGCGCAGUAUGAUUCCCUCAGAGAAGCCCGGAGCCUCGUCGUCGUCGUCGUCGUCGUCGUGGCGCAGGCCGGCCUCCGCGCUGCACGGCCCGCCUGCCCCGCCGCCGCCGCCGCCUACCCGGGGUCUCCUCCCCCACAUCCACACCCCCAUCCAGACCGGACCCUUCCAGGACCGCUACACCCUCAGCCCCGGCAGGGACCUCGGAAGAGGGAAAUUUGCUGUGGUGAAGAAAUGUGUGAAGAAAGACACCGACAAAGAAUUUGCAGCCAAGUUCAUGAGGAAAAGAAGAAAAGGCCAAGAUUGUCGGAUGGAAAUAAUUCAUGAAAUUGCUGUCCUGGAGCUGGCCCAGUGUAACCUGUGGGUCAUUAAUUUACAUGAGGUGUAUGAGACUACUUCAGAAAUGAUCUUGGUUCUGGAAUAUGCGGCGGGAGGCGAAAUCUUUGACCAGUGUGUAGCCGACAGAGAAGAGGCCUUUAAAGAAAAAGAUGUUCAGCGGCUGAUGAGACAGAUUUUAGAAGGCGUGUCCUUUUUACAUUCGCACAAUGUGGUUCAUCUUGAUUUGAAGCCCCAGAAUAUUCUGCUGACUAGCAAAUCUCCAUGGGGUGACAUUAAGAUCGUUGAUUUUGGUCUUUCAAGAAUUAUGAAGGGCAGCGAAGAACUUCGGGAAAUUAUGGGGACACCUGAAUAUGUGGCACCUGAAAUUCUUAGUUACGAUCCAAUCAGCACAGCAACAGAUAUGUGGAGCAUUGGAGUAUUAACGUACGUCAUGCUUACGGGGACUUCUCCUUUCUUAGGAGAUGACAAACAAGAAACAUUCUUAAAUAUCUCUCAGAUGAACUUAAGUUACACUGAGGAAGAAUUUGACGUUGUAUCAGAUCUGGCCGUUGAUUUCAUCAAAGCACUUUUAGUUAAGAAACCUGAGAAUAGGGCAACAGCCGAAGAAUGUCUGCAACACCCAUGGCUAACUCAAGGCAUGAUUCCAGAGCCUUCUCUCGGGACAAAGAUUGUUGGGAGAGAGACAAAAGCCCUCGAAGAAGAGGAAGAGUUGAUCGCUACAAGUCCUGCAGGUUCUGAGAAUCCAGAAAGGGGGGAAUCAAUAGUCACUGAAGAGUUAAUUGUAGUGACGUCAUAUACCUUGGGACAGUGCAGGCAGUCCGAGAAGGAGAAAACAGAGCAGAAAGCUAUUUCCAAACGUUUUAAAUUUGAAGAACCUCUGCUGCAAGAGAUACCAGGAGAAUUCAUCUACUGAUGACUUUGUUUGGGACUUGGGGACUUAUUUAAGGUUUCUAUGAGGAAAACACCAAUUUUUAUUUAUGGACUUUUAGCCAAGUGACGAGCACACAACGUAUAACCAGUUUUCUAGGCCUAAUGGACAAUUUGGGGAAGACUAAGAAAAUUGUGCCAAAUUCCCAAUCAGGAUAGAAAAUUGCCAACUCGAUAGAGAGUAUGACUGGUAAAAACAGCUCUUUUAUAGAGGAAACGUUUGCCCCUCUGCUUUAAUACUCCUUCCUGCUCUGAAUUUCUUCAAAAUACGUGUUUUUGUGGAAAACUAAAUUGGAUUCCUUGCUUAAAGAGGGUCAAUGGAAAAAAUGUUGGGGCAUACAGGAAAAUAUAUUCUUUCUGGAUGUAUUUAGCCUUAGGCAUGUGUCUACAUUACACACACCUGCCUACUGGCUUGAUUCUCAUAUUCAGUUCGUUAUGCUAGGCUUCAAUUUAAAUUAAUGGUAUAAGUUCUUAAAUAACUGUUUUAUAGGAAAUGGGACAAUGUUAAGCUGAGUGUUUUAGGCUAGCUCCUGCAGCUCCAAUUUUCUUCUUUACCCCAGCAGCAACAAACCCUGGUAGGUGAAGUUUCCUCUACCUCCAUCAGAAUCCCCAUUAGCAUACUGAAAAGGGGUUCUGCACUUAGAGGAAGAGUACCUGCUAUGUUACAACUUAGCAAAAAAAAAAACCCUGCUUUUAAAUAUUAGGGCUUCGGGCCAGGCCUGACAACUCAGCUUCAAGGAAAUGUCUGUCCGGAAAACAGAACUUGGUACUUACUGUUAAGGGUGGGUGUCCGUGUGAUCUGAUCAUCAUGGUCAGGGAAGAGACACGUCAGUCUUGCGAGCUUAGUACCGAUCACCUUGCGGGGUAGUGUUUCAUCUCCAAGAGCACUUUUUUCAGGUGGUGUUUUUUCAUUUAAACAGAUGACAGGUCAAUAAUCCAUUCACGUGAAAAGCUGAAAGGGAACAAUCACCAUCUCUCAGUGAAGUAGCUUUCUCAGGGUGGAGCUGUUUCUGCUUUAGAGUUUUCUAAGCUACUAAAGGGGGACUUGUAUCCCGUCCACCAUGUGGCAGACAGCAGUGGUUUGGAUUGGCAGGGAGGAGGUUUCUAUUAAGGCUGCUUUGAUUGUGGUUUCCCAGGUUCUGUAGUGUUAAUGCCUAGGUGGUACUUCCACUGAUUUUUUUUUUUUUUUGUAAUUGACGUCAAGUCCCUUAACAGCCAGGUCCCAGCAGUGGAUCUAAGGGGGUAAAUCGGUGCAGUACUUAGUGCGAACAAUCCUCCCCUAAAUCCUACCAAGCCAGAGAGCACGUUCACAGGAGUACGCAACGAAGACCACGUCAGUCACUGUGUAGUCACGCUUUGCCGGCACCUGCUUUUACGCUGAUGAGCGGCUCUUGUCUGUAAAGUUUUUCAGUAUUAUAGUUGAGUGGCACCUUCGGGGCAGCAUUCAGAGUUUUCUCCCUUGUUUAGGUCCUAAUGUAUAAUAGCAAAUUUUGAAAAUUGUGAACGCUCAUGAAUUUAUCAUGUUAUGUUACAACGCCAACUUCCUUUCAAUUGGCUGCUUUGCAUUGUGCUACAUCUUUGUCAACUUUUUUGUGCCUUAAAGUUUGGUUUAUACAGUGAUUUACAAAUCAUUCUGAACUUGUAGAGUUAUAUUAAAGUCUCUUGGUUCGUAACUUAUAA